AUGUACGAUGUUGCGCUCACGACUACUGACGGCUGUGGCCCAUCUACGACUCCAUCACACGCUCCAGCGAGUGCCCUCGACAAGGCCCACAGGGCACUACUCGCCAACACCAGCCACCACUGGCACAAGUACAGCAAGCCAGAAGUGCAAUUGGAGCCGUCAGUCCGCAACUGGUUGGUGAUGGUCCAGAACCAUCGCCACCACAAGCGCUUGCCUGCGGUUCCCAGGCCCAGCAUGCCCACUCCUUUCAAGCCAGACCGUUUGCUCGAGCCUGUGGUGUUCCAUCAGUUGCUGGCCUUGACCUACAUGGCAAACUGGCCUUCGUACCCCGAAGAGUACGUGCAAGCUCGAUGCCACGAACUGGCCAGCUACUUGGCUUCCAUGGCUAAACGGCUCGGAAAACCGCCUCCAGACGUCGAUGUGACCCCAUUCUUCUUGGAAACAUUGACCGAGGCGGCAGGAAUACCACAAUCAGCAAUCAAUAGCACUGAAAACGACCCCAAGUACAUCUCCAUAAGUACCCACACGAACUCCGUGCUCCACCAGUCGCUCCAGACGUUCAAAGCGAUCUCCAAGUCGCGAUUCAACAGCAGAUACUCCGUGGACACCGACCUUGUGGCCUGGAUUCUCUCGCUCGCUUCUCCUACAGUCACCACCAGCUGUGAAAAAUUACGGAACCUAACCAACAUCCCCCCAUUUGUGCUCAGUGACAUUCUCCUACGGACCCCAAUGUCUCUAAACGAACUUGAGUUGCAGCACGAUAUCUGGAACCAGUUCAAAAAGCCCAUCAUCACAGCAUACGUAGACAAACCCACGUUCUUAAAGUCCAUCAUCAACAAUAUGAUCUUCUACACCAUCACACAGAGCCCGAGCACCUUGCCCCAUUUCAUUCGAGACACAUUUGAGUUUUUAAACAGCAAGGAAUCCGGGUGCAGCAUCAGCUUGCUUGGAGUGGACUACUUGAACGAGCUCGUUUGGGAUGUGGCAUCGACAGCAUUAAUUAAGGUGAACGUGCCGUCCUCCACCAUGAAGUACAUCAUUAGGUCCCAGGAAGUGUUGGUGGCCUGUAUGAACAGAGGAGACAAAGCCAAGGCGAAAACUUACCAGCAAUUAACCUUGAAGUCCCACAUGGGAAUUGCAUUGGCCAUCAAUACCAUGUCUAACGUCAAGGCUGCCCAAUUAAUGACGGUGGCGGAGAAGCGUUUUUUCACUGGAGAAAAGUCGGUUCCCAACAAAGAUAUGUUGGCCUACAACAUCACCAAGGUGUAUCUCUCCAAAGAGCCAGAGGAGUUGGUGGAAAACUUCAACAGCUAUGCGGUAGACUACUCCCAUUCCACGGCCCUUUGGUUGAGUUUCAUCAAGCGGCUCCAGCAAAUGGGGUUGUUGACCGAGAACAGAUCCAUCAAGAUCUUGAAUGAGCUCACCAAAAUCAAGCACAAGGUCAUUGUCAGCAAGGACAUAGUUUCUCUCUUAAUCAAACCCAUCAGAGGUCUAAACGGCUUGCAUGCAUUCAUCAGUGCAUUAAGAGACAUCGACAAGGACAUCUUGAAGGCUCACGCCAGUACUAUUUUGCCCAAGUACAUGACAAUGUUGUACCGGAAUUAUGGGGCACGUAAUAUAACACAGAACUACUACCCCUGGGACCCCCAACCUUCUAAGCAGGCACUUGGAAAGUUCAAAGGGUUCGAUUCUGUGGAAGAUUAUGCCAGGUACCUCUACAACCAUUGUAUCAGGAACAAAUCGCCACGAGUAAUAGGAGCAAUGCUUCAGGGUGAGGCGAUGUCCAAACCAGAGUCGGUUUAUGAUCUCUACCAGAAAGAGUUGAUAAACAAAGGAUUGGUCCCGGACAAGACUUGUUUGACAGCAUUGAUCCGAGCGUCCAUGAAACCGUCUAAGACCGACUCGUGCAUCUUGUGGGGCAACUUUUAUGCCCCUCAGGUGGCUAUCCAUGAGUUUGCCAUCCAUGUGAAGCAAGACAGUAACGACUCCACCUCAAGCAUAGUUCCCGACGACACUUUAUGGCAACAGUACAUUCGGAUGCUCAGCAAGUAUUCCUAUUCGUUUGAGCUUUCUGAGAUCAUCCAAUGGUGGGAGAAGCUUGGUUUCCGCCCCAAGCACACCACAUUAAUGCUAUUGUUAGGGGCAUUGCCUCUGGAUCACAGCAACAGGCAUAUUCGCCACGUCCACAAGGUGAGGAGCGACAACGAGCGCAUGGGCAUCGAGGCCAAGGACAAGGAGUGGAACUGGCCAACGGUGGAGGAACUAGAGAAGUACAAGGCUAGUCAGUGA